AUGGUGGGCGGCGGGCGAGUGGCCGCGGCGGCGGCCGCGGCGGCGCGACGGCGGCGGCGGCGGCGCGUGGCACCCGUGUUGGCCGUGGCGGCGGCGGGGAGCGCGGCGCCUCCGCGUCAGCCGGGAGCUCGGGCUCUCAGGGCCAGGAGGCGGGCACGACCGCAGGGCGCGGAGCCUACCAAGCUCGGGACGCGGCAGCGACGAAGGAGGCGAGGGCGGCGAGGGCGGCGGGCCGGGCUUGGAACGCGGGCCGGAGGGAGCGGGGCCCGGGCGGAUCGAGGGCGGAGCGCGAGAAGAGUGCGGCGGCAAGGGCGGCGGCGGCGGCCGCCGGGAUCUAGGCUAGGGCGGGAAGUGCGGCCGGCGGGGCGGCUGGAGCGAAGUCUGAGUGGGACGAGGACGACGCUGGGGGACCGAGUGUGA